AACUUAUUCGCGCGACAAUAUCAUAAAGCUCGUGUCUUUUACGAGAGUAUCUGGUAGUAAUAUCUUAAGACAAGAUGCAGAUGUCAUUUCAUGGCGGCGUCACGGAAACUAUUCUAUUUGAAAAAUGGCGCAUAAAUAACGCUCAAGGAAUGAUUGGUUCUGUAAUUGGCGUCAUUCUUCUAACUGCAUUGUAUGAAGGACUAAAAUCUUAUCGUGAGUAUCUCUUCGCGCGUACGACGUUUCUCAGGAAGAAUCAGCAGAAGAAAUCAAGAAAUGCAUUAUUGUUUUCCGGAGUGCAUUUCUUUCAGACGCUUCUGCACGUAAUCCAAAUAGUGCUUGGCUAUUUCCUUAUGUUUGUUUUUAUGACAUACAACUAUUGGCUCUGCAUCGCUGUCGGAGCUGGAACAGCUUUUGGAUAUUGGUUGUUCCAAUGGGGAAAAGCUAAUAAUAACAAUACAGAUUGUUAUAAUUGACGGUUGUUUCGAAACAGUAUCUAAUCUAAUCUAAUUUAUUAAAGGCACAUUCAUUGAUUUUGAUAAUGGUAGUAGUUUAUCAGACAAGCAGACGUAAGUCAAUGCGUAAGUCACUGAAUACUUGUCAAAUAUUUUGCCACUCGUCGAAUAACUUAAGAGCGUUUGACAUUAUGGCGGACAACCAGAGUAACGCAACAAUUUGUUGCUCGAAAUCCAAUAACAAUCAAUUUCUAUCAGUCCGUCAGAUUAUUUUCGGAUGGAAUAAAUUCAAUUCUAUAUCCUGGUUGCUGCUAUUUGUAUUCUUCUGCAUUUGGUGCAUAGCAUAUUUUUCUGCUUACAAACAAGAACUGGAAGAAGACGAUAAUCAUGGUAAUCAUCACUGAAGCGAAAAAUGGAUCAUAGAAAAACAAAAUAAUUAUUAUUGAAAAAUGGAAAAAAAUAUAACUCAACU